AUGAUCCUGACUCUGCUGCUCGGUCUUGGAGGGCCCCUGGGCUGGGGGUUGCUGGGGGCCUGGGCCCAGGCCCCUGAUACCGGGUUCUCUGAUCCACACCACCCAAGGCUGCCUGGGGUCUGGGGUGCAGAGGCUGAGGACACCAGCAGGGACCCUGUCAGACGUAACUGGUGCCCUUACCAGCAGUCCAGACUGGUCACCUAUGUUGCUGCUUGCAAAACGGAGAAAUUCCUGGUCCAUUCACAACAGCCAUGUCCAGUGGGGGCUCCAGACUGCCAGAGAGUCAAAGUCAUGUACCGUGUGGCCCAUAAGCCGAUAUACCAGGUGAAGCAGAAGGUUCUGAUCUCCAUGGCCUGGAGGUGCUGCCCAGGCUUCAAGGGCCCCGACUGUCAGCAUCACGAUCCCACAGCAACCCCGGAGCCUGCAGAACCAAGGAAUGACCCCCAGAAGCCGUGGGACCAGUUGGUCAACUUCGAACUUGGCCACCCCACUGCAGAGCUCAACGAGGUAGAGGAGGUCGAUGUCCAGGUGCAGCAUGAACAGCAGGAACACCUACUGGAAGAUCUCCAGAAUGAUGUUGACCAGGCAGCAGACAGCCUCCCUGGGCUGUGGAAGGCUGCAACAACAGAGACAUCUGCAACCACACAGGCAAAUCAAACGGAGCUGGAGUUUCCUGGCAGGUCCUUGGAGCAAGUGCUGCUGCCCCACAUGGACACCUUCCUGCAAGCACAUUUCAGCCCUAUCUGGAAGAGCUUCAACCAGAGCCUGCACAGCCUCUCCCAGGCUGUAAGAAACCUGUCUCUUGACGUAGAGGCCAACCGCCAGGCCAUCAAGAGGGUCCAGGAGAGUGCUGUGGGCAGAGCAGAGUUUCAGGAGCUUGGUGCCAAAUUUGAAGCCAAAGUUCAAGAGAAUGCCCAGAGAGUGAGCCAGCUACGCAAGGAUGUAGAGGACCACCUGCACACCCAGCACCUCUCCCUGCAGCACUCCCUGUCUGAGGUCCAGGCUGAUGUGGAUACCAAGUUAAAGCACUUGCUCAAGAUCCAGGAGUCCCCAGGGGCUAAUGGCAGCCUGGUGAUGGCAGCAGCAGGGGCAGCAGCAAAGCCAGAGCCAGAGAGCCUGCAGGCCAGACUGGGCCAGCUGCAGAGAAACAUCUCAGCCCUGCAUGUGGCCACCAGCCAGAGGGAAGAAGAAUUGCAGAGCACCCUCAGGGGCAUGAGGGCCACCCUGGCCCAGCAUGUGGAAGAAAUCAAGGAGCUAUACUCUGAGUCGGAUGAAACCUUUGAUCAGAUCAGCAAGGUGGAGCGGCAGGUGGAGGAGCUACAGGUGAACCACACAGCUCUGCGAGAGCUGAGAGUAAUCCUGAUGGAGAAGUCUCUGAUCAUGGAGGAGAACAAGGAAGAGAUGGAGCGACAGCUCCUGGAGCUCAAUCUCACCCUCCAGCACCUGCAGGGCGCCCAUGCCGACCUCAUCAAGUACAUCAAGGACUGCAAUUGCCAGAAGCUCUACUUUGACCUGGAUGUCAUCAGGGAAGAUCAGAAGGAUGCCACUCGCGCCCUGGAGGAAACCCAGGUGAGCCUGGAUGAGCGGCGCCAGCUGGACGGCUCCUCGCUGCAGGCCCUGAGGAGCGCCCUGGAUGCUGUGACUCUGGAGGUGGAUGUGCACAAAGAGGAGGGCAGGCAGGCGCGGGCCGAGAGGGCCAGGCUCCGCAGCCAGCUGCAGGCGCUGGAUGGCCAGGUGGGCGCGCUGAAGACAGGCGCGGACCAGACCCGCCGCGAGAUAAGCCAGCUACACAGCUCCUUCGCAGCCCUGCUGGAAGACGCACUGCGCCACGAAGCUGUGCUGGCCGCGCUCUUUGGUGAGGAGGUGAUGGAGGACAUGUUAGAAGAGGCGCCUGGCCCGCUGCCCUUGCGUUAUGACCAGAUUCGUGUCGCCCUGCAGGAGGCUGCCAGUGGGUUGCAGGAGCAGGCGCUCGGCUGGGACGAGUUGGCGGCCCGGGUGGCAGCUCUGGAGCAGGAUGCAAGUCACCGCUCAGAGCCUUCAAGGCGGGCAGAGCACCUGGAGCCCAGCCACGAUGCCCAGCUGGAAGAUGCAGGAGCCACCACCGCCAUGGCUGGGCUGGAGCAAGAGCUCCAGCGCCUGAGCUCCCAAGUCAAGCGCGUGGGGCAGUGCUGCGAUGCCUCCUGGGCUGCCUCCCUCAAUGGCUCCCUUGAGGGCCUCCACCACGCCCUCUCCACCACUGAGCGUGGCUUGGAGCAGCAUGAGAGGCUCUUCCACAGCCUCUUUGGGAACUUCCAAGGGCUGAUGGCAACCAAUACCAGCCUAGACCUGGGGAAGCUGCAGGCCAUGCUGAACAGAAAAGGGAAGAAGGAGCAGAAAGGUGUGGAAACUCCCAGGAAGAGGGACAAAAAGCAAGUGGCAUCUUGGGUGGAUGCACAUGCCAAAGGACUGGAGCAAGAUGCCCUGGGCACAGAGCUCUGGGAGGCAGGCUCCCCUGUGGCCUUCUAUACCAGCUUUUCAGAAGGUACAGCUGCCCUGCAGACGGUGAAGUUCAACACCAUGUCCAUCAAUGUUGGCAGCAGCUACUUCCCUGAACACGGCUACUUCCGAGCCCCUGAGCGUGGCGUUUAUCUAUUUGCAGUGAGCGUUGAAUUUGGCCCAGGCCCCGGCACGGGGCAGCUGGUAUUUGGAGGUCACCAUCGGACCCCAGUCUCUAUGACAGGGCAGAGUGGGGGAAGCACAGCCACAACCUUUGCUAUGGUUGAGCUACAAAAGGGUGAGAGGGUAUGGUUUGAGUUAACUCAGGGAUCAAUAACCAAGAGAAGCCCACCAGGCACUGCAUUUGGGGGCUUCCUGAUGUUCAAGACCUGA